GUGCACGUCGGAACCAGCCAUGAAGCUCGGAUUUCGGUUACUGCUGUUGGCAGCCUUGGUCGUCCUGGUGAUGGCCGGAAGCGUAGCAGCACGCGAGGAGAUGAAACGACAGGACAGCGAUGACAGCACAGACUUGCAAGCAGAUGGUGAAAAGAGCAAGAAGCAGAAGGAUGACACUCAACUCGACUCCGAGAAGGCGCACGUGAAGCAGAAGUGGCAGAGGUACAAGCCUGCGAGUUCCAAAAAAGCAAAGAAAGCGGCUCUCCGCAAGGAGAAAGCUAUGGCGAAGAGCGGUAAGGAGAAAUGGAAGGCAGCAGCCGAGGAAGCGAGGGAGAGGAAGGCUAAGAGGUCUGCGCAGUACCUGGAACGGGACGCUGCGAGCAGACGAAAGCUGACAAAGGACAAGUCGUGGAAGGAGAGCACAGAGAAAAGUCUGCAGGCCGAGAGGCGGACAUCGAGUGGAGAGGGCAAGAAGUUGGACGUGGAUAAACUGAAACAGGGUUCGAAAGUGACGGAGAAACAAGCUCAGAAAGAGAAGUGGAAGUCAAGUGAGGACAACAGUGUGUGUGCCAAAGACGAGUUGUGUUCCAGUGGCAGCGACGAGAAUGUACCCGGUGAGAAGAAAAAGUGGAAGAAGAAAAACAAUGGCGAAGAAGGUACGAGAGAGAAAUCUGCACAGCUAAAUAGGGCAGGAGAUGAAAGUCCAAGUGGUGGGUCCGAGACUGCUGGUGCAAAUAGAAGAACGGAAGUAAAGAGUGAUAAGAACAGUGACGAUAGGGAACAAAGAGAGGUACUGAAACAAAGGACUACUGAUGGCAGCAAACAGGCAGUCAAGCCAAAGGGGAGAAAAUCGACAGAAGCGCAAGUGGACAGUCCAGAGGUGUCGGCCUCCAAGGUGGAUAAACAGGAUGGUGCACCUGAGGAAGUUGUCAAGGAGGAUACAGAAGACAUCGGAAAAAAUGGCAGUGGCAAUCACAAAGUCAAACGGUUGUACAUAGUGGAGGAGGAAUAUGAUCCAGAAUGCAUAAGCUGCUCUGACGGGCUGAUGACAAACAACAUUGGUGAAACCGAAAGCAACAAAUGGAAUACUGUGAGGAGGCGUGAUGGGCAGUCCAGGGUAAGAAGAUACAUUGUGGAAGAGGAAAUUAUUGAAGAGGGUGCAUGUGAGGAGCAACAAGCAGAUGAUGGUGAUGAGACAACCAGAUUGAUGCAGUGAUCUGUGCAAAGUAUUAUCAAAUGUUUUGUAUGAAUAAUGUUGUCAUUAGUAUAAUUUCUGUUAUGUAAGUGUGUCAUAUUAUUCAUGUUCAUUCUUACGCAAUUUGAGUUGUUAAAUAUCUAUAUAAUCAAAAAUCCAUUUUUAAUCCCUGUGCUAA